CCUUUUGAACAAAUCAGCCUCCUCUGAAAACGUAGUGAUCUCUUUUUUAAACUUAAAGCUCCAGCUUUUGCAAACGGCCCACAAAGGCUCAUGACGUGCUUCUGCAGCGACUUCUGCGCCGUCAGGGCUUUUCCUCAGGGGGGAAGUGUCUCCCCGGGCAGGGCGGAGGGAAAGCCGGACAAGGAGGCUCCAACCUUGGCACAAAUCCCAGGCAGCCUUUCCACCCUCCUGCAAAAUGCCGAGUGCCCUGCACUGACCCUGGCUGCUCCAGCCUCCUGUGGGAGGAGGUGGUUUGUUCCCUGGGGAGUUCUCUCUGCCCACAGGGGAAGUUUUGGAGGGAGUUCUUUUGGGAUGAGGGGCUGUUCCUGGUGUGGGGGUGCUUGGGGUCGCUGGCAGUGAUUGCGGUGCCUCCUCAGCAGCCAUGGAGUAUGUCAGCACACGGGGAGGCACGAGGGCCGUGGACUUCGAGGGAGCCCUUUUCUCUGGCUAUGCCCCCGAUGGGGGCCUCUUCAUGCCCCAGCACAUCCCCUCGCUGCACAGGGACACCCUGCAAAGGUGGAGCAGCCUCUCCUACCCUGGGCUGGUGAAGGAGCUCUGCUCACUCUUCAUUCCGGCCAAGCUGGUCCCACGGAACGCGCUCAAUGAGCUGAUCGACAGGGCCUUCAGCAGAUUCAGACACAAGAAUGUUGUGCAUAUGUCCAGGCUGAAAGAUGGGCUGAACAUUUUGGAGCUCUGGCAUGGUGUUACGUAUGCAUUUAAGGACCUGUCCUUGUCCUGCACUGGACAGUUUUUACAGUAUUUCUUGGAGAAAAAGCAGAAGCAUGUCAAUAUUCUGGUGGGGACUUCAGGGGACACGGGGAGCUCGGCCAUCGAGAGCGUGAGAGGGCAGAAGAACGUGGACAUCUUUGUUCUGCUGCCCAAGGGGUUCUGCACCCAGAUACAGGAACUUCAGAUGACCACUGUCAUUGAAGACAACGUCCAUGUCUUUGCUGCUCAUGGGAACAGCGAUGAAAUCGAUGAGCCGAUCAAGGAACUGUUUGCUGAUGUCGAUUUUGCUGGAAAAUACAACCUGAUGAGCUUGAAUUCUGUCAAUUGGUCCAGGAUUAUGGUGCAGAUUGCCCACUACUUCUAUGCUUACUUUCAGUGCACCCCAUCCCUGGAUACCACCCAGCUGCCAAUGGUGGAAAUUGUUGUGCCAACGGGAGGAGGAGGAAAUAUCACGGCUGGCUGUAUUGCCCAGAAAAUGGGUCUGCCAAUUAGACUUGUUACUGUGGUGAACAGCAAUGACAUCAUUCAUAGGACUGUUCAGCAUGGAGAUUUCUCACUGGCAGGGAGUGUGAAGGCUACGUUAGCAUCAGCCAUGGAUAUCCAGGAGCCUUACAAUGUGGAGAGGAUCCUCUGGCUGCUCUCAGGCUCUGACAGCCUCCUGAUAAAAACUCUGAUGGAGCAAUUCAACAUCUCAAAAAGGCUGAAGCUGCCAGAGGAUUUGCACAGAAAGCUCUCCGAGACCCUGGGAUCAUGCUCAGCCUCUGACCAGGACAUUGUGGGAGCCAUGCGGCGCUGCUGGGAGGAGAACCAGUACCUGCUGUGCCCGCACUCUGCUGUGGCUGCUCACUACCACUACUCACAGCCACACAGCAUGCCCCGCUGUUGCUUGGCUCCAGCCUCUGCAGCCAAAUUUCAGGAUGCCCUUCUCCGAGCUGGCCUGGCUCCCCAGAUCCCCCCUGAAAUCUCUGCCCUGACAGCAAUGGAGACCAGGUCCACUCCCCUGGAGCGGGGACAGGACUGGACACAGGUGCUCUGGGGCCGGAUUGAAGCUGUGGCACAGCAGUGGGAGGCACAGGGAAGGCAACCAGCCCAAGGAAAUUAAAGGAAUGUGACUUCCAAGAUCUCAGCCCUGCAAUCAAAAUAAUUACAGGCUGGAGAGCGCGGACAGGAAGAGCCCUGUGGAUUUGCACCGGGGCUCGGGAGCACCGUUGUGUAUGGAAUGGGAUAUCUGCCACUUGGAAGUGUUUUUCCUGCUUGGGAGAGUGGUUUGCAUGCCAGAAGCAGGGAAGGCCACAGAUCUCCACUUCCCAUGGCUGGAACAGCUAGAACAAGGUGUCCCCCUGCCCCCCACUCUACUUGCCCUGGGGAAAGAAUACUCAUGCACCUGGCUCGGCAGUUACUGACCCUUGCUUAUUUAAGCUGCAGCUUUUUCCUCCUUCCCACAUCUGUUCAGAAGGGAAUGAGGACCUGAAGUGAGCAGGAUGCUGAAAAUCAGGCUCAGAGUGGGGUAAGGAGCAUCCAGGGCCCACCUUGCUUAGAGAUGAGGAGCAGCAGCCAGCCCCAGCACUCUCCUUGGCUCUUAAUGGGGUGGACCAUACUUGGGUUUUUUACUGUAUUAUGGUUUGUCCUGGUCCCUUGCUGGCUAUCCAGCCUUCAUCACCGGGGAAAACACUUUCCUGAUUUUAAAGGGAGCUAUCUCUGCCCCUCCCGUAGCCUGGAGUAAUUCAAUAUUGAGUGAGAGGUUUGCAGUGACUGCUUUUCCUCUGUUUGCACCUUUCUUGCAAUUAUUUUGUUAGAGCUUCCUGCUGGAGGGCAGGGCAGGCAGCUCUCAGGAAUCAAACAACUUCUUGGAAGCUGCCUCGCCACAGAAGAGCUGGGGCAGCACUGAGGACCCCUCUUGGGGCACAGACCUUCCCCAGGGGUCACGACACAACACAGAAUUUCUCCUGAGAUCUUCCCCAGCCCCUUGUGUCACCACAAAACCCAGCAGGGGGUUCUUGCCUUUGUACUUGCAGUAACUUCUUAUCACUGAUGCUUUUUAAAACAAAAACAAUAUUUCAUUUACAUCCAAGAGCUUGCUCCAGUGCAGCCUCCUGGUUGCAGGAUGGCUCAUGGCUGGUGUGGAUCUGGAGGAUCUGGCUGGUUGCUCCCAGACAUUGAAACCUGCAGUGACUGGAGGGGUGAUGUGGGGCCUGGCACACCGAGGGUGGGAUUUGUUUUAGCAUUCAAUCCAUGGAAAUCCAUUUAACAGCACUUCCCCUAAAGUGCUGCCUUUCUUCCACCUGAACUCCUAAAAUGGAAAUAAUCACGGCAGGGAAAAAAUUUGGAACAACUCAAAUAUUAAAAUGCAGUGAAGAUGAACUGGCUCCUGGGUGGAGGGGACGGGGAUGGGCCCCGUCACUGCUGCCAAGGUGAAUUUUGGGGACCUGUUCAGACCUACAUCUGCUGGCAGUGGAUUAGAAGUCAAACCCACCUGAAAUCCAGAAUGAGCAUCCUGAGGGGCUCCUCGAGGAUGGGAUAUUCCCCUCCAUGAGCUGCCGACUUUGCCCCAAUAAUCCUUCACAUCCCAUCCCACUUCUCCCUCUCCCUUUUUCCCUUCCCUUGCCCUGUGAUGUGACGCAUUGGCAGAGGAAUAAAAUAAU